AGACUAGAUACACAGUCACAAUCACAUUGUCACAGUCUCAUAAAGCUUCCAAAAUGAUGUACUAUCGAUUUCUUGCCAUUUUCGUCACUAGUUGCUGGUUUCUAAGCACUACAGUUUCGUCAACAAUUCUUCGCACAAUAACGAUGCGUUUGUAUUACGAAAAUGGCACUUAUAAAGAAGUGAAUGCUGCAGCAGCGGCACAACUUGUGCAAUACUUGAAUUUGCAAGAGAACACAUUGAUACACAUUCAUGGUUACUUAGAAUCUACAGAUUCCCCCCAAGUUGUGGCACUUAUAAAUGGUUACAAUGCUGGUUCUAAUUACAACGUCAUAGCAGUAGAUUACAGCUAUGUUACACAUUUAGAUUAUGUUACGGCAACUGCUCUUGUUGAUGAUGUGGCUACAGUUAUUGUUCAAAGUAUAAAUGAUAUGGUCGCUGCUGGAAUGGAUCGAACUAAACUAAUAGUCUCAGGAUUUUCUUUGGGUGCUCAAGUCUCCGCUUUCGUUGGACGCAAAUUACCCUUCGUCCUACAACAGAUAAUAGGUCUGGAUCCAGCCGGACCUUUGUUUAAUAUUACCUCCCCCUCGCUAUCUGCAUCUGAUGCAGCUUGUGUAAUAUGUAUUCACACCGAUAUGGGCUUCUAUGGAACAACUCAACCCUGCAACCACAUAGACUUCUAUCCAAACGGUGGCACUAGAGAACAACCUGGUUGUUCACUGUUGAUGAUUGAAUAUCCCGGAGGCUCAUGCAGUCAUUUCAGGGCUGAGGAAUUUAUGACAGAAGCAGCAAACAAUCCGAACACUUUCAUCGGUGUACAGUGCAAUAGUUGGGUCGACUUUAAGGCUGGCAAUUGCAAUCAGACUAAUAAAAUACCUAUGGGUCUCUUUACACCAUGCUCUGCGGCAGGUAAAUACUACCUCCAAACAAAUAGUGCAUCACCAUUUGCGAAGGGAUCAAGUGGUACUGUCUACCAAAGCUGAUUGAAAUAAAACACACUACACUUUUGCUUUUUAGUUUAAAUACUUCUUGUAGUUUGAUUUAUAUGAAACAGUAUAUUGUGAUCUUGUGGACGCAAACAGUGUAUGGUCCACGCAAAAAGUGUAUUAAAAUUUUAUCACUUGUAUCAAUGUAUAUUUAUUUUGAUGUACAAAAAUACAUUAAAUAUUGUUAGUACGUGUAUACUCCCCGUUCCGAAAGAAAUAGGAUACUUAUAGAAAAUUCAAUAAAUAUGAAAACCCAAUA